CCCGACCAGACUACCUCAUUGAUCAUAACCACCGCCCUGAAGACAAUCAGCAUACACACAUCCAACCACAGUUUCACUUCCAGCGAAGCCAGAAUGAACGCCCCCGUCUCCGCCGCCGAGUUCCCCUACAGCCUAACCAUCUCUCUGCCCCUACCAACCAACCGCCUUGCAUCGUCUGCCCUGCGCACCCUCGAAGUCGAUGCCGAGCUCUCCCCCUUCGUCAAGCGCACUCUGACCCUCGCCAGCCCGGACAAGGAUCAAGCCGCCGACGACGCCGCGAAGACCGUCCUGGAGACGACGUACUAUGCGACCACGAACCGGAUGCUUCGCGUCGCGGUGAACGGGUUCAUGGAGAGCCUGGGAGUGGUGCUCGGGGUAAUGGAGGAAUUGGAUGUGGAUGUGUUGGAGAUGGAGAAUGAAAAAUGAGUUCGGUUGCGCUGAGCUAAAAAGAACGAGGAUGGGAUCCGACCUCGAUACCUAGAAAGGUGGAAGAGAGAUGAGGAGAGCUUCCUCGGAUGGUCGUUCUGUCUACAGGUGACAUGGACUACCGUAUCUCGCAAAGACAGGGGCAAGGGUGCACCAGGUGUUGAUCAGACAAACCGGAAUCGGGUCUGAUCGGGCCAUUGUAGGGAUUUCACGGCAGAUAUGGCCUUGCACUUCGCAUGCUGUGUCAUCAUCAAAGGAGCCCUAAGUCCCAAACUCGCGCCCCAGGGGAUUUACGGAAUGAAUGUAGCUGUGCGCGAGCCUCUAGAUUCCAAGUUGGCGGCGGACGACACUAGAUUCUUCGACUCCCGCCUCGGAGACAUACUACGUCUCAUCGGAUUUUUUUGUUCGAUUGACGAGUAUUCAAUUAUGGGGUCAAAUUAAUCACACAUGCUGGAUUCAUGUAUAG